AUGAAAGCCAUUGGCUACUUGUCGGCUGCGGCCGCCCUGUUCUCAGGGAUCGCCGCCCAGCUCGGUGUUUUGUGCUUUCCCUUUGCUUCUGGAUCGAAUCGACACUACCGAACGCGAACGAACCCGACCGAACGGUAUCGAGAGAUGGAAAGUGGUUAG